AUGUACACGCUACGAUCCUUACUGACACGCGCCCUAUCGCGUACAUCGCCUCUGAUACGAUCCAAUGAGCUCUCUGCAAGUACAAUACAGCAACAAUCGCAUCCAUACUCACUCAUGGCUAAAAGGAUUAUGGGAAGACGGCCACGCCCUCAGAUGACUAAGUCUGUGAGAAAACCAACCCCUCGACUUAUUGCUUUGGUAACCAAAGACAACCUGCCGUAUCUCGUCAAGAGGACAGCCAUAGCUAAAUGGUUGCCUGUAUACAAGGAUAUCAAGAAUCAGACCGGUAUAUGGACGGUCAUUCGAAGGAUUGAAGGAGAUGUGAAUGCUCUGGCAAACGAUCUGACGAGUUUCAUACCCUCGCAUCGAGUACACGUUAAAGAGGUCGCUCGCCAUGUCAGAAUUAAAGGCGACUAUAUCAAAGAGGUCAAGGACUGGCUAACAGCAAGACAGUUCUAA